AUGGCCCCUCCUUCCAAAGCCGCCGAAAAGAAGCCCGCCUCGACCGCCGGCAAGGCCCCUGCCUCCAAGGCCCCCGCUGGCAAAGCCCCUGCCAAGAAGGCCGUCAAGAAGGCCCCCGCCGCCGAUGGCGACAAGAAGAAGAAGCGCAAGGUCCGAAAGGAGACCUACUCGUCGUACAUCUAGUUAGUCGCUCUUUCCCCCUUCCACUCGCAGCGACCGUCUGCGAACGAGGCACUUACCUCCCUCCUGGCCUCGCCUCUACAGCAAAGUGUUGAAGCAGGUCCACCCCGACACCGGUAUCUCGAACAAGGCGAUGCUCAUCCUCAACUCGUUCGUCAACGACAUCUUCGAGCGUAUCGCCACCGAGGCAUCCAAACUCGCGGGCUACAACCGCAAGUCGACCAUCUCGUCGCGAGAGAUCCAAACCUCGGUUCGCUUGAUCCUCCCCGGAGAAUUGUCCAAGCACGCCAUCUCGGAAGGCACCAAGGGUGAGUCGGCCGGGAACAACAUUGCUUUCGGUGAUCCUCUUUCUGUUGAUUCUGACGUGAUCUGUUGCUUUCUCCCAGCCGUCACCAAGUUCUCUUCGGGAUCCAAGUAA